AGAGACAUCAUCAUCACAACUCCAAUUGCACUCGGAUCAGUAGAUGAUAGAGAAAGACACAUCCAACAACAAAAAAGAACUCAACUUUGAUUUUCUUCAGCAUUUAAACAAAAAAUAAAAAUGGCUUUCUCUUUUCUCAAAAAACUUCUCAUCAUCUUUUUGAUCUCACUCUCCUCUCCUUGUCUCUCUUCUUCUUUGCUAUCUUCUCCGACCAUCUCUCCCUUCCAACAGCUUUCUCCGGAUAUCGCCCCUCUCCUCCCUUCCCCCGGUGACUCUCUGCCUUCCGACGACGGCGGCGGAACAAUCCCAGCUUCUCCAAGCCCUCCUGAUCCCGACACUAACGACGGCUCCUACCCUGACCCUUUGGCCUUUGCUCCCUUCGCUUCUCCGCCGGUUUCUUCUCCUGCUCCUCCGUCGUCUCAUCCUUUCUCCGGAGUUUUAAUCCUCACCGUUAUCUUCUCCUCCGCCUACGUGGCGUUGUAACACUACUAUAGAGUUCACUUCACUUAUAUACAUCAAACGAACGUUUUGGUUUCCACGUACGUGUUUGUCCAAAUGUAUAUCAUUCUCGAAUAAUUAAAAAUGUUAAUUCGUUGUAAACUAUAGUUCUUCAUCUUUUUGUGUUGCCCCUCUUGACAAUGUGAGUCGAUUUUAAUCAUCUCCAAUUCUCCAUUAAACAAUAAUAAUAUGCAUGUAUUUAUAACAACGAUGUUAUCAUUUGAUGGUUCACAAUGUGCUAACGUUUUGUCAACCAA